AAAGUCAAAACGCUCAAUUAAGCAAAGUAAAAGAGGUUCGAGGAAAGGGAAAAGACUGCCUUCUUCAAGGCUCCCUAUUCCUCUCCAUCUCCUUCUCUCUCUUUAUCUCUCUCUCUCUCUCUCUCUCAGCCACUCUCCAUGAGGAAGCUGUGGCCUAAUGUUGAUCAAGAAGAUGGCCUUGAUACAGUCCUUGAAGUUCCCAUCCCUGAUGAGAUGUUUAGUAAAACCGCUAGUAAAGAUUCCGACAUUCGGUGGCAAAAUAUGCGGAAUUGGGUGAAAUCUCAAUCCGUGAACAAGUCUUCUGCAUCGCAGCAAGCCCUUGCGGGACGCAACGCUGAGUUGCAGCUCCUGCUCAAUGUGGUCGGCUCUCCACUCCUUCCUCUUCAAGUUCAAUCUGAAAAGUCUGUCAACCGUGCCAUUAAAGAUUGUUCUAUUCAAGCUUCGACCGCGAAAUAUAUCGUGCAUACGUACACUGCUGCAGUAGGAGGACAGCAAGCAAUCAACGGGGUGAAUAGCAUGUACGCGAUAGGACAGGUAAAGAUGUGUGCAUCCGAAUUUCACAUGGGCGGUGAUAGUGUAGCUUUGAGAGGAAAUGGUGAGAUCGGCGGGUUUGUUCUUUGGCAAAAGAGCCCGGACCUUUGGAACCUCGAACUCGUUGUUUCAGGCAGCAAAUUGAGUGCUGGAAGCAACGGUAAGGUUGUUUGGAGACAAUUCGCCACUCAACAGUCACACGCAUCUAGGGGACCUCCUAGACCUUUACGCCGGUUCCUGCAGGGGUUAGACCCACGGUCGACAGCAAAUUUGUUCUCGGAUGCAGUGUGCAUCGGUGAGAGGAUCAUAAACAACGAUGACUGUUUCAUACUAAAGCUGGAUGCAAGCUCCGCAUCUCUUCAAGCACGGAGCAGCGACACUUUUGAAAUCAUUCACCACACAAUAUGGGGUUAUUUCAGCCAGAAAAGUGGACUUUUGAUUCAAUUUGAAGACUCUCAUUUACUCAGAAUGAGUACAAAGAGCGGAGAAGAUGUCUUUUGGGAAACCAGUAUGGAGUCUAUGAUCGAUGAUUAUAGGUACGUUGAAGGAAUAAAUAUAGCUCACAGCGGUAAAACCGUUGUUACGUUAUUUAGAUAUGGUGCAGGAUCGGCCAACCAUAAGAGAAAAAUGGAAGAAACGUGGUCGAUAGAGGAAGUUGAUUUUAAUAUCCGGGGGUUGUCUAUGGAUUGUUUUUUACCUCCAGCAGAUCUUAAAAAGGAAGAUGACAGUGAAGAUAAACAACAACAGAGUUACCAUUAGAUCUUGAAUUUUACCUCUUAACAGAUUUUCAUGUAUAUAUAAAUAUGCUUGAAUUGGGAGAAAACCCCCUCCCUGUUUAAGCGGAACAAAUAUAUUUUUGAUUCAACAAAGUUUUUUUUUUUUGUUUUUUGUUGA